AUGAGUAUAUCUUCAACACCUUCCUCCCCAUCCAUAUCCGGCUCUUCCAUAUCAUCAAAUGCCACGAAUAUCUCGUUUUGCUACACAUGGACCACAAAGUUAAAAACCCGAAAAACUGCCGAUGGAGAGGCAACGAUCCUCUCGAUUUCUCCAAAGUUCGCUACCGUACACCAGUUGAUUUCGUUCCAAUGGAAUAUCAGAAUUCAUGCGACCUCGGAGGUGAACGAUGAUGAUGAGGAGGUGGACUACGUGGCAGUUGACCUAUAUUUUGUUGACGGUCCCGUCAACGAAGUCAAUGUGAUGGCUGAGGUUGGAGCAUUUGAGAAGACGUCAACGGCCACUUUGGGAAGUAUACCGGCUGGUGUGAAGGAGACGAAAACGACAAAAAUGACAAAAGGAGUAGGUUGUGAGAUCACGGACGCCGAUCGAGAGUGCGUCUCCAGAUACCUCAAAGAAAAUGUGGACAACGUGAUCAAAAUCUCAAUAAUCAUCAAUAUGGAGACUCGCCUCUUCGAACCAUCAACCUACCUGGAUGCCAUUUCUCCAACUCCUCGAGCAUCAUUCCUGACGGCGAAUUACAAUGCAAGAGUGAACAGUAAAGUAUGGAAACGGAGAUCGAAGAAGAGGAAUGGACGUGUGGAACGGCGAGUUUUGAGUGAUAAUGAGAAGACGAGCUACGAGAGAAAAGUACAAAUGAUUCUGGAUGAGGAAAGAGAGAAAUUGAUGGAGAGGAGAGAGUUGUUGAAAGUGGAGAAGGAGGAGGAUAAUGGAUCCAGAAGGGCUUCGUUGAUUUCGCAAUUCAGGGAGAAUCAACAUGAAAGUGCAUUGGAUGAUCAUAUGUUCAAGAGGAUCCUCGUGAGUUGCUGUGAGUCUUGUGAGCAACGUCGUCUGUCCUUCAUGUAUGAUUCUCGAACGGAAGAUGAUUCAGAAGCAGAUGAAGAAGACGAUGGAGAUGAUGAAGAGGAAGAGGAGGAGCCACAUUUCGAAUGUGAUAAGAGUGAUAAGGAGCAUGUUCAUGAUAUGCUCGCAAAUCUAUACUUCAACAAGGUUGUCCUGCCAGAAAUGGAAUAUGUCGAGGAUUUUGUCGAUUUCCUCAUUGAUGCUGAACUAAACGAUUUGCCAGUUCUGAAGAGAGCUUGCGAACGAUAUUUGUGUAGUGAGCUGAAUACGAAAAAAGACAUUGGGACAUGUCUGCUUUUGGAUUUGCUGUUCAAUUCGAUUGUUUUCAGUCUGCCUGUCAUGAAAUCGAUGACUUUAACUGAGCUGGCGAAUCGAACUCAUGAAUUUGUGGAACCGGAUUCGCUGCUGGAGCAGGAGGAGUAUAAUAUGGAAACGGAGAUCGAAGAAGAGGAAUGGACUGUGGAACGGCGAGUUUUGAGUGAUAAUGAGAAGACGAGCUACGAGAGAAAAGUACAAAUGAUUCUGGAUGAGGAAAGAGAGAAAUUGAUGGAGAGGAGAGAGUUGUUGAAAGUGGAGAAGGAGGAGGAUAAUGGAUCCAGAAGGGCUUCGUUGAUUUCGCAAUUCAGGGAGAAUCAACAUGAAAGUGCAUUGGAUGAUCAUAUGUUCAAGAGGAUCCUCGUGAGUUGCUGUGAGUCUUGUGAGCAACGUCGUCUGUCCUUCAUGUAUGAUUCUCGAACGGAAGAUGAUUCAGAAGCAGAUGAAGAAGACGAUGGAGAUGAUGAAGAGGAAGAGGAGGAGCCACAUUUCGAAUGUGAUAAGAGUGAUAAGGAGCAUGUUCAUGAUAUGCUCGCAAAUCUAUACUUCAACAAGGUUGUCCUGCCAGAAAUGGAAUAUGUCGAGGAUUUUGUCGAUUUCCUCAUUGAUGCUGAACUAAACGAUUUGCCAGUUCUGAAGAGAGCUUGCGAACGAUAUUUGUGUAGUGAGCUGAAUACGAAAAAAGACAUUGGGACAUGUCUGCUUUUGGAUUUGCUGUUCAAUUCGAUUGUUUUCAGUCUGCCUGUCAUGAAAUCGAUGACUUUAACUGAGCUGGCGAAUCGAACUCAUGAAUUUGUGGAACCGGAUUCGCUGCUGGAGCAGGAGGAGUAUAAAAAUUUGGACAAACGAAUGCGAAAUUUGGCGGAUCGAAAUCUGGUGGAAAUCAUUGAACAAUGUGUCACUUUUCGAGAUCAAAAAGCUCGAGUUCGAGUGCUUCCAGUCGCUGAAUCCUUCGAAUCCAAUUCGUUCGAUUUGACUAAUUAA